CGCCUUUGAUAACUAUAAAUUUGUUUCCUAUUCUUAUGAGUCCAUUGCUUUUCUGUAAAUAAAUCCAUUUGUGGUGUAUAUACAUGAUGGAGUACUACUCAGCCAUAAAAAAGAAUGAAAUGAUGCCAUUUGCAGCAACAUGGAUGGACCUAGAGACGAUCAUACUAAGUGAAGUAAGUCAGACAGAGAAAGACAAUUAUCAUAUGACAUCACUUAUACAUGGAAUCUAAAGAAAUGACACAAAUAGAUGGUAUUUUUAUGACCGACUCAGUCUCACUUAUGAAUUGGUCCAUGUGCACUUGCAGCCUAGGUAGGAGGCAGAGGCCUCUGACAGCAGGCUGAGUCUCACAAUGAAGCAUCCAAGUGUAGGAGCGUGGCCCUAACGGGCCCACCUGCCAGUUGGGUGUCGGGUGAGUUACAGACGGAGCGAGGGUGGCUUAGGGAACCCCCGUGGCCCAGAGCCAGCGAGCCCUUCAGCUUCCCCGAUAUGGCUGCUUUUGCCCAGAUAUCUUUUGUCUGGACCUUGCUUCAAACUUCCUGAGCCAGAAUCUCGGAGGCUAGAACUGACUUAGGAGUAUCUGGCACAAAGAAACCCGGCGGGGGCUCCAGGUGGAGAAGCAGGAACGCACACAAACCCCACCAUUGUGUCCGUGGGAAACCAAAGUCGGGUCCAGUAACCGGCCGGGCGCAGACUCACGGGGGCAGAGGCAGACUGGAAUCUGAGCGUUUCGACUCCUGGUCUUGAGUGGUUUCCAUAACACAGGCUGACCCCAAACCCGGGAGCACAGGGCAAGUCUUCAGGUGGGAACGGAGGGUGGAGAGACUGAGAGGCCCGGGGCGGGCUCUGCUUCUCAGUGAUGGAAGGGGAGGGGAGCGGCCGCGUGGAGGUGGCUGGGGGCAGGCAGGUUCCCUGGGGGUAGCCGCCCCCAGAGCUGAGGGCACGACCUGCCACCUGGUUCACUGCUGCCUGGCUGCCUGGGGAUACGGGCACAGAACUGGCCAACAGCCAGGCCAUUUCCUGGCUCCCUAUUCUCCUGGGCUCUUAAGGACAGAAAGGGACCUUCACAUAUUCGAAUUCCCUCCUCCCAGGGUGUGGAGGAGGCUCAGAACAAGGAGGAAACCUGCCCAAGUUCACUCAGCCCGUGAGGCCCCACAAAACAGCCAGCACGUCCCCACCCGGCCCUGGCACAUCUGCAGUCACCAUGCACUGGUAAGGGACAAUGACCCCGCCAGCCCCACGGGGUCUUCCCCAGGGCAGUGCCUCCUGCAGCAGCCCAGGGCCCCCUCUGUGUGGGUAGCAGGCUCCUGGGCUGCCCAGACAUGCUGACUCAGGUGAAGCCAGGGGGCCCAACUCAGAAGGUGAUAACCCUGCACCCCAAAGUCCUAUAAACCCUGAGAUAAGACCUCAAAACUCUGGGAUAGAACUAGUGUAUCACAUCAGAAAGGCCAAACUGAAUGCAGCAUCUGUUCUGUCCUGGAAGAUUUAUCCACGGGACACUCACGUCACCAGCCUGCGUCCCCUGUGCUGGGAACAGCUCAGCAAGGCAAAGAGGUCCCGCUUGGAGGAAGUGGGCUGGGGCAGGGAUGGAAGAGCCCAGACAGCUGGGCACGGAUCUGGGAUACUUGUGCCCCAGAUGGGGCACGUGCCAAGGUGCAAAGGGAGCAGGUGCUGGAGGACACUCCACAGCGCCCAGAGCAGGGGCCGAGUCUCAUCGCCAUGGAGACAGCGUCCCGAUACUUACAGGGAAACUGGUGUCAGGACAUUUCUGAAAUGCUUCUGUCCUGAAGGUGGAUGCCUCACCAGACCCGAUCCCGAGGCUGCGAUGGUUAAACUCCUUCCUCACAUAACCUCUAACAAUGAAGCCUCAACAGACAUCAAGUAAGGAAAAACUGGACAUAGAGACCAGUGGUUGCCAGGGGCUGGGGGCUCAGAAUAAACUGCCAGAGCCCAGGGGACUUUUAGGGCAGGGAAGCACUCUGUGAUACUACAAUGGUGGAUUCAUGUCACCGUGUUUGUCCAAACCCGUAGAAUGAGCACCACGAAGAGUGAACCCUCAGGUUCACGUGGACUUUGGGUGAUAAUGACGUGUCAGUGUAGGUUCACCCACUGUCACAAAGGUCCCACUCUGGUGGGGAGUCUGAUAGCGGGGGGAGGGGGGCCGUGCCCACGUGAGGAGGGGAAUCUCUGAUCUCCCCCUGCUCUCAAAUAAUAGAGUCUUUGGAAAAAAAUUAAAAUUACUGGAGCAUUUGUUUUUAAAAAUGUUGUCUGUGAAACCUCUGAUAUUACGGAGAUUUUGAGGCAGGAAGAGUCAGGACUGUUGAGAAGUUAGAGCAGAGGUUUGAGUCUUGAGCUGGUCCCUCAGCCCGACAAGCUCGGGGAAGUACCUCCUCUCUCCCGGCCUCCGGCCAAGCCUAGCGGGGCCAGGAGAGCAGAUCACUUGGGCCUGUCGGUGGCGAGGUUGCACUGUCCACGGAACACGUGCCUUCCCUCCCGAGGGCCCGGGCAGCAUCGGGGUAGGAGGCGUGGGGCAGAUGGCGGGCACGUCCCUACCUUUUGUGGCUGUGGCUGUCAGAGGCCAGGACCCCACUCCCCGGCACCACGGGGCCUGCAGACAGGAAGUGCUCCAGGAGGAGUGUGUUUCUAGCUUCCUAGCAGCCAUUCCACAACCAUCCACAGAAACCCAGCAAGACAGGUUCCCUUGCUUUCAUUUUUUCAGAUGAGAAAAGGAAGACUUCAAAAAGCUGAGAGACCUACCAGGCGAAACCCACCCAGACGCGGGAGAGGAGGGAGGGAGGCCGUGCUGGUUCGUCUGCCUCAGACCACACCACCCGCCUGGCAUCGUGCGCGCCCUCCGACAGGGCCCGGAGCACCAGGCUUUGCCCACGUUGCUGCCGCCCCUGCCCGCUUGCAUCCUCCGGGAAGAGAGGAUCUCCGAGGAGCCAGUCUCCCGUCCCUGGGCUGUCCCUGGGGCCGGGCAGCAGUUGCCCCCUGCGAAGGGCACUGUGCCAUCAGCAAGAUAAACUCCCAGCUGGGGCUUUGGAUCCACGGUUCACUCACUUAUUCAUUCAACAGUCGCUUUCUGCUUGCUAGAUGCCACGUACUUGCAGGCACUGGGGGUUUAGCAGCAGGUGAAACAAAGGAGCGUGCCUGCCCUCAGGAGCGCACAGCCUAAAAGGGGACAUGGGCUAUAGCCAAGUAAAGGGCGGAGAAUACUGUGAGUCAGGCACGGGCUGUGGUCAAACGUCAAAGGCGGCCCGGGGUGGAGCGUGUGCGGAGGGAGACAUGAGUUACUGUUUUGAACACGGUGCCCAGGAGGCCAGUGUAUACAGUGACACUGAGCAGAGGCUGAAAGGACAAUGGAGGCAAGGAAGGGCCGAAGCAAGCAUCCAGGGGACGAGCAUUUCCCACAGAGGACAUCACAGGUACAGGGCCUGAGCUGGGGCACCUGGUGCACACGGACGACCAGAAGUCAGCAGGAAACUGAGUUCUCUUAGAGAGGACGUGACCUGCCAGCUAGUUUAUACUAGGGAGUAAACGUCUAACAUCAGGGGAUCUUUGAUGUCAUUGUUUUUAAUGGCAGCAGGGCUGGGCGAGGAGAGGUUACCCACCAGAGCCAGAGGGGGUAGAGAGUAAAUGAGGGGAACUGGUGCAUGAAUGGAAAAGUGUGUUUCUUUGAGCACAAGCAUCUUGAUUUCAUCCAGUAAUCUCAGCGACGCACAGAAACAAAGGGCACAAGGCCUCCCUGCAGGGUCUCUUCCCUCCGUGAAGAGGCGGCUGGCCAGCCAACAACCACGCCACGAAGUGGCCAGGGUUGGACCCGGAGCCAGGCCACACAGGGGCCGGAGGGUGCGGGGAGGCCGGGGGACCCACCCCAAGAGCUCACACCCAGCUAAGGCGGGCACACGGUCUUCCCUGCGCGCCCGACCAGAGGAGGGCCACUGGGGCUUCUCUCAAGGCUGGCAGCCCUGUGGGCACGGGGGGGAGGCCCCUGGCCACGUGCACAGCUCUCCCGGGAUGGCCUGCGGCUCCCCCGCCGCCUCCCCUCGCCUGGCUGAGAGAUGCCGACUGGCCGCCUGUGCGAGGAGCAGCCUUCAGUCAGGGCUGGUAGCCGCUCCCCUCGCCCCACCCUGGGGAGCAGGCUUUUCUUGCGAAAAAGGAAGGCACAGCCUCACGCUAAUCCAGCCAUGGGCGGUGCUCCCCGAGGCUCUACCCGGGAACCGCUGGGACUGGCCCAGCCCCGCAGCCAGCGCAGGGAGGGCAGGGCCGGUCCGCUGGGUGGGCAGGUUCAGCGCCCUGCCCUGCCAGGGGGACGGACACAGCUUUCUCACGAAAGUGUCCUCUGGCAGGUGGAAGCAGGCUUUCGGAGAACUGGACCAUUCAGGGCACAGUCCCUCAGUACCCACUGUGCUGGGACAGCCAAAUUCCCCAACAAGGACAAAAAUGGGUCCUGGACUCCAGAUGGAGGUCACUGCCAGGGCAAAGCUGCUGCCAAACUCCUGCCCGUCAGCCGGGGGGAGGGAAGCAGGGCGGGGACUGAGGGCCAGGUCAGCCUGUGGGACUCAUCACGUGUGGCCCCCGCCACGGGCACGAGCGACAAGUGCAGAAGGAGCUUCACCCCAACUUCUGAGUUGACGUUCCCCGAGGCUGGGGUGGGGGAGUGGUCAGGGUCUGUCUGUAGCUCUGGGCCUGCCUGCGCCCCUGCCGACCUGCUUCAUGACCAAAGGGACCCAUGAGUUCUCGCGUGCCCACCGCGGAGGAUGCGUCCAGGCGGGGGUGGCCCGCAGCGAUUCCUGAGGGAGCCAGGCCACGCUGACCGAGGUGCCCCUCACGGGGGGUGUCGGGGUGAAAGGAUAGGUAUCUCCACACAAAACCACACAGCAAAUGCCCAAGGGAUACCCAGAUUCUGGGAGCCCGAGCGGGCGUCUCUUCUGUCCUCUGUUGGAUGCCCAGCCUGUCAGUCCUGGUGACUCUCCGAGCCCCACUCUGUUGGAAAGUCUGUACCACGAUUUCAGUCAGAAAGUUCACUGGGUGCUGGUUGGCGGCCGGAACGUGUGCUUGGUGUGGGUCAGUGACGCGAUCAGCUCAGUGAACCAGGCCUGUGGUGGCCUUUGGUUUCCAGUUUUACACCCACUCAUUUAACUAUCAGCCACCGUCUUCAUUAGGGAUUAUUAACAAAGCAAACGGGAAGUGAAACUUUGGGGAAAAAAGUUAGUGUUUAUCUCUGUGCAUCUUACUCCUGUUUCAUUUUUCAUCUGUGGUUUUUUGGGAACAUUUUAAAACUCUGUACUUCUGUUAAGUACCCAGGCAUCGCUUAGACUUUUAGAGACAAUUUUCAAAAGUACAGAUGCUAGGGGAUCCAGCAGAUGGGAAAAGCCACCUGCCCUCUCCCCAUCGCACCUCCACCACUGCCCAAGAUGACUCCAUCCCUCCCGCGGUUUUUUAGGUCCGGGUGGCCUCACCCCCCACCCACAACGGCCGAGGAACCACCUGUUGAAGCAGCCUCGUUCCUUAGGUCAGGACCAAGAGCUGCUCCUCCUUUGCAGCCUCUCCCGAUGGGUUCCAUUGUGCAGAAUGGGGCGUUCCUUCUCUGUGCUUCCGAAAUACUGCUCCGAUGUCUGUCCUCUACUCCCGGGUGCACAUCCCGGGUCCCCCUUUGAUGAUAAGUGCUUGUAGAGGGUCGCCAUGCCUUGUUCCAUGCCAAGUGCCCCAGCUUCUAGCAGAGUUCUGUGAGUGGUAAACGGGUGGAGGGGCCUUGCCUUCGAGAAGCUUUUGGUCUUCUGAGAGCCUAAUCCAGGAGGUGAGCUCAGUUUGGGGGCGCGGGGCGGUUCUGACGACCGCCACCAGGGGGAGCGCCAGCCCCGGUCCCUGCCCCGUUACCUAAUUUCAGAUGAGACUGGGGGCCUUGGCUGGACCAGGGUUUGAGCUGAAAGGCAGAGCAAGGAUGUGACCUUUAGACCGGAAUGAAAGCGGUCCUUCUCCAGGGUCGGGAACAACCACAAGGAACUCUCUGGAGCUCACAGGACUCUCUGCCCCACACACGUGCACCUGGUCAGUCUCUUCCCCACGACCUCUGCUUCCAAGAAAAGCAGCGCAGAGGAGAGGAGCUGUUCUGCCGGGACUGAUGGGGAGCACGGGCGCGGGGGCGCGGGGGGCGCGAGGGGCGC